UUACAUAAACACCCCCACAUCAAACGGUAUUUGCUAACAACACCUCUUCUCCAUCCUCUUCUGUCUUCUCCAUUUCCAUUUCCUUCCAAGAAGAGGUUGCAGCGGCGCGCACCCAAACCCUCUCGGCAUCCAGGGAAAACCAAGGGUAAAUUAGGCCUGCGUGAUUCAAGAACCGCACCUAAAGUUUGUAUUUUUCCAAUGGAUUCUAUGGGGGUUUAUGUUGUUUUUUCGUAAAGAUGAUCUGAUCCGUCAUCCGUGAAUAUUUUGUUGUCUGAACGAGUUAUCCUAUUAGUAAACAAGGAAGUUCCUGUGUUCUUGAUAGAGAUUUUGACUGAUGAUUAGGUAGUAGUGAGCUAGUGAUAUUCAUUCCAAAGGAGCAGUAGAAGUAAUAGCAUCAGCAAGAAUGCGAGGGAGACGGCGGAGAGCUCGGGAAGCUGACCCUGUGCCUGAGCCAUUCACCAUUGACGAUGAGGUCUCCCAUCUCACCAGGAUUAGAUCAGAGCCAAGUCAAAAGACUCUUGGUGCUUUUUACGCCGGUCGCAAGAGGGGCAUCUCAACGUUCGGGCUGUUGUCCGGGAGGGAGUCUGGCCGUUCGGGUGCUGGUGGAUUCUCUAGAGCCGAUUGCGCUUACGCUGCCCGGAAACACCUGCCAACAAAAGGACCAUGGUGUGUGGAUGACAUGACUAGUGAGGCGUAUGUGUCGCAGUUCUCUAGUGAUGGUUCACUGCUUGUUGCUGGGUUUCGGGGAAGCCGCAUCAGAAUUUACGAUGCCGAUAACGGGUGGAAGGUUCAUAAGGAUAUAAGCUGCCGAAGCCUGCAGUGGACGGUUUCAGAUAUUGCUCUAUCACCUGAUCAGCAAUUACUUGCAUAUUCCAGUUUGUCGCCUACUGUUCACAUAGUGAAUGUGCAGAGUUCUGCAAAGGAAUCACAAGCUAAUGUUACUGAAAUUCAUGAUGGUUUGGAGUUUUCUAAUGAUGACGAUGAUGAAUAUUCUUUUGGAAUAUUUUCUGUGAAGUUUUCAAAGGAUGGUCAAGAAAUUGUUGUUGGCAAUAGUGAUAGAUCUAUAAAUGUUUAUGAUCUUAGAGCAAAUAAAGUGUCUGUUCGCAUCCGUGCUCAUGCGGCUGAUGUCAAUGCAGUCACCUUCGCUGAUGAAAGUGGUAAUCUAUUGUACUCUGGAAGUGAUGAUAAUCUCUGUAAGGUGUGGGAUAGGCGGUGCCUUGCUAGAGAAAAACCAGCAGGUGUUUUGACAGGACAUUUAGAUGGGAUUACAUUUAUUGAUAGCCGUGGUGAUGGACGUUAUUUCAUAUCCAACUGCAAGGACCAAACGAUCAAACUUUGGGAUGUGAGGAAAAUGUCCGCUUCUAUUAAAGGCCGUCAACCGAGAUUUUUUGACUGGGAUUACAGAUGGAUGUCAUUCCCGUUGGAAGCUCGACACUGUAAGCAUCCAAACGAUCAGUCUCUGGCCACAUACAGAGGCCAUUCAGUUCUGCGGACACUUAUCCGUUGCUACUUCUCCCCAGUGUACAGCACGGGUCAGAGAUACAUAUACACAGGAUCCAGCGACGAGUAUGUCUACAUCUAUGACGUGGUAACUGGGGAUAUCGUCGAGAAGCUUUCGUGGCAUGGAUCGAUCAUCAGGGACUGUACCUGGCAUCCUUACAACCUGACAAUCGUCAGCUCUUCCUGGGACGGCUACCUGGCAAGGUGGGAGGCAUCAGGGGACGAGGACGACCUUUCUGUGCUCACGGAAAACGAACAGAGGACGAGUCCUUACCGUCAGUCGUACACACGGCACCUUCUGCUGUAGGGAAGAGAAGUCAUUUUGGUUUCCUGUAAGGAGUUGUGAUGUUGCUACAUCUGUAAUCGCCUGAUUGCAAUGCUCAUUGCAACAGUGUAUAGGACUGGGUGCUGCCAAACUGCAUUUUCUGUUGUAGAGAGGCCAUUGGUCGCCUGCAAAGAGUUAUAUUUGUGCUCUCCUGAUUGCAACAGUGUAUAUAGGGGUGAAAACAGUCGAAAACGGUAGCGUUUCUUUGGGCACAAUUCUCAGUCAGUCAGGAAUUGACUAUACUUAUCAAUUUAACUAUUCAGCGACAA